AUGGAUAGGAUAAGUGGGUUACCCGAUGAAGUGCUCGUGGGAAUAUUGUCUCAACAACCUACUGCUAGAGAUGUUGUGGCCACAAUGGUUUUGUCAAAACGGUGGCGAUUUCUUUGGAGGAUGGUGCCAAAACUCGUAUACGAUGGUAGCUAUCAGAGUAAUGAGUUUGGUAAAUUUUCGAUCUUUGUUUUAAGAUCUUUGGUUUUGCAUGAGGCGCCAGUUAUAAAAAUGUUGCGUUUCAAACUUGAUCAAAAGUCUUGUAACGCUAUUGAUAUUGGAGUAUGGUUUAGAAUUAUAGCUAGACAUGUUGUGCGUAAGCUUGUUAUCGAGAUUGUUACUUCUUCUAGUAAAAAUACUCCAGUCACACUUCCGAGGAGCUUGUAUACAUGUUGUAAAAUGCUUGUGAUCUUGAAACUAAGUAACACGGUUCUUUUGGAUGAUGCAUUUUCCUUCAUUUUUUUCCCAUCCCUCAAGAAACUGAGUCUUGAAUCCAUUAAGUACCCACCAGAUGGUGAUGAAUUUGUCAAGAAGCUUUUGUUAAGUUGUCCUGUUCUUGAAGACUUAUAUGUGGAGCAGUGUCCUGAUGACAAUGUGACUGUUUUCACCGUUAGGGUGCCUUCUCUCAAGUUCGCAUCAUUGUAUAAAUCACAAGACAGAGUUAAAGAUGACAAAGAUGGGAUGCAUAUCCUAUUGGUAGUGUCUUCCGAAGUCUUAGCCUCUCCUAAUUUACGAGCUCUCAAACUUUGUUCUUACCAUAAUGAGGAUUAUCCACGUCCGUGCUGGAGUGAACCGAGUUCAAUUCCUAAGUGUUUGGUAUCGAGUCUUGAAACUCUCAAAUGGGUAAAUUAUGAAGGGUACAAAGACGAGAAACAAGUAGCAGCAUUCAUCUUAACAAACGCAAACCGUUUGAAGACGGCAAUUUUCUCCUCUGAUGAUUCCAACGAUCACGAGAAAUCUGAGAUGCUUAAAGAGUUGUUGUCAUCAUCAUCGCCUAUGUGUUCACGUACUUGCCAGCUUCGUUUUGUUUGA